AUGGAAGAUCAGACCGAAGAGCUAAAUCGAUUAAAACGUGAUUUCAAGCACUACCAAACGGGUCAAUUGAUCAACGCGGAGUAUACACAUGAGCUUGAAAGCAAAUUAUUAUCAAUUCAAGCUCGUCAACGUCCAAUUCAGACCAAAAGGACUCGAAAGCAGUUAUCAAGCCUUACUGCAUUAACUCCUUUAGACGCUAAUCGCCGAAUUUGGAAGCGUGACGAAGAAGAGAAAAAAUCGGACCAUAUGCGCAUGCUCCGGGCCGCUGCGCAGGAUUCGGUCUCAAUUCCGCAAAGAUCGGACGAAAACAAAGAUCUCGAGGAUCUCGAGGGAUGGGUCAUAGGAGAUAAUGGAAAACCACUUUAUAUAGUUGAUACAGAAGGGGUGUCGCUGGAAAAGCUCAAAAAGUGUAAAGAUUGA